UCACGCGCGCACAUUUCGAGUGGCUCACGACGCCGUGUGGAUUUUUGACUUAGGAGUUUUUUGGAGAAGAACGAUAACGUCGGAUUGGCUUGUCAACACUUGCUUGCAUGCAGUCAGUGGUUCUCUCAGCUUAGUAAAGUGAAUGCCAGUGAAUUGAAUAGUGGCAGUUUGCAGUUGAUAUAUUAAAACAGAGAAAAAGUGAAUCUUCGGAAGUUGCAGAAAAUUAUCAAUUCUCGUUGUGAAUUGUGUAAAUAAUUUAUGUGAAAAAAUAUUGAAAUUAAAAAAAAAUCAGAAUAGCUUCAUCCAUCUAUAGAAGAAGAAAAAAAUAGUGUCAGUGAUUUGAUUCUCCAUUGCUCCGCAAAGUGCCACAGUUGUUAGGAACAGAAGCUGCGAUCAACCAUUAUCGACAACGCUCACGCACUCACACACCCGGUGAUCGACCAUGGCAAAAGUGAUACAUAACGUUGUGGGUCUGAUAGGGUUACUGAUAGCCUUCUCAGCGACACAGACCGGUGCCAUACGGGUGUACUGGAAUACGAAUACCGGUCCCAUAGUGCCGCCCACCACAACACCUGUACCAGUGCCCCAGCCACCUUUCCGGGAUCCGGCACCGGUGUGGGAGGAUCAGUCGGAUGACGUUCCGAAUCCCAAUCCUUACGUAUACAUUCUCCCACCACCGUCCCGACCAAAAUACAACGACAUACCCGUGCGACGGCAAGUCAGUCACCAGACACAGGCUGCCCAGUCAACCACAACGGCACCUGCUACCAGCUCAACUGUUGUCCCAACCGGAAAGAUAAUCGAAAAACCAGAGCAAAACAUACAGACUCCUGUCGCGAACAUCAGCCAAAAUCAGCCCGCGUCGGUAGCAGCACAGCAGCAGCAUAUUGUUCCUAGCCUAGCCGUCCAGUAUGUGCCCAACCAGGGCUUCAAGUACUACGCCGUUGUGCCGGUCCACAGCGAGAACCCCAGCAAGAGUGCUUAUCUGAAAACGAAUGACGUUCAGCUGGGCAAGUACGACCAGUACGACAAACCGAACGGAAGGUACAACGCCAAGCUGAAGAAGUACAAAGCCUUCGAGAAGGUGAAAUACGUGCCGUACUACAUGUACUUUGAUGUGCCAAAACAGCAGUACGUAUUGUCGAGUGCUCCUCCAAAGGCUGUGCAUAAUGUUAACAAUAAUGGUAGCCCCAAUCAUCUGUAGAGCAGACGGCACAGCAGAAAGCAGCAUAAUGAAAGCUGAAGGGUAGCAUUUACGAGGAAGCGAGAGUAAAUUUUCCGACUUAAACAAAACACAAAACAAUUUGACACUUACUACUAAGUAGACGCACCACAUAACGCACCACAGACGAGCGAACCCGUUCAACGUUCGACUGAUGAAGCAGAACGAGCGCAUUUCAGCUGCACAGUUUAUUUUUAUGUAGAAAGGAAUAAUUUUGAUAAAGACUUAAAAUAACUAAUUGCUAAUUUGCAUAGAGGUUACCAUCUUCACUGAAUUCUAACCAGAGGAUAAAGACACUUGUUUCAAUAGUUGGUAGGUUAACAUGACUUUAGAAAACAAAAAUUAACUCAUCAAGACCCUUGCUUGGAAUUUCGGCUAUUUAGAAAAAACUGGCAUAUAAACAAAGCAGAAUACUAAGCUUUUUAAUUUUUAUUUGAGAUAUUUUUAGCCGAAGGCUAGAUCAUUUCUAAAAGAAUACUAAGCAGAAACAGGCAGAAGAAAAACAUUAUACUUCAGUAUCCUCUUUCACGGAUCAUUUCAUCCAAUGAAUACCUCCGUAGACAAGUUGUUUUAGUAGUUAUGCUGCUCCCUUGGUAGAGUUGACGUUUAGCGCUUUUUAAAUCACACUUAAAAUCAGAGAUGUCCCAUUUUUUUAACUACUCGAUUAACAACUAAUUGAUUAUUUUUAUGUUCACUGUGCUGUCAUUUCUCCACCAAUGAGAGUGCAGAACAUUCCUGCAGCGAUGGACGAUGAUCCCCUGGAGAAGUAAAUGCUUACUUGGCAUGAUGUAACCGAUUGAAAAUAUUUUACAUUUCGGUUCGUUAAUCGAUUAGGCUAACUUGUCAAUUGUUGCACACCACCCAAUUGUUGCACACCUCACAUUGUUUACUGUACAGUAUUUAUCCCUGACUAUAAAGUUUUCCGAUCAUGAUGACUUGCUAACCAGUGGUCAGUUGUUGAAUUAUAAAAGAUGAGCUUAUGAUACUCAGUAUUAGGAAUAUUGUGAUGAAACAUGUUUAAAAUAUUUGUUACAUUGUUCAUGGGCCAUUCCAGCUCAAGUGGGUACAUAAUUUAAAAAAGUUGUGGUCGAUGUCACCGAUUUGAGCCAAAAUUAGCCAAAACUCUUAUUUUGGCAUUCUUAACAAACGCCUUUCUUUGAUUUUACUCUGGAGUGCCUAGAUCCUUCUGGGCUAAAAACCCUGGAUUUUAGAGAUUUUCAAAAAUUUCAUCUUUCAGAAGAGAUUUCUGCACAACCAAAUAAGCAAAUAAACAGUGAUCUUAGUACGUCAAUUUGAAGGAUUUUUAAUGUUAAUUCUUAUAGGUGUACUCACAUUUUGUUUUUGUAGUAACUACAGUAAACAGACUAAUUACCGGUAGAUAUCCAAAUUGUCAAAAAAUGGCCUAUUUUCACCAUGGGCGGGAUUUUUUAUUCCCUCAUAUUUUGGGCUCAAAUUUUCACCACACUUUGGAAAUCUCUUCUACUUAAUGUGGUCCAAGGGCAAAUGGUUUGGACAAAUGGUUUUUGAGAUAUUACCAGAUGAGUAAAAUGUGAGCUUUUCUGGUUGAAAAUCAAUGGUAUUCAUUUUUUUUCAUAAAUUCCUUCACACCGAUGACACAAUAAUAUUGUUACGUUAUUUUCACAUGUUCUGGGCAGAAUUCUCAUUACAUUAAAUAGUAACUAGCUCAUUUAUUUACUUAUGUCCAUAAUUUAAUUGUGGUCCUAAAAGUGAAAAAUACUUUCCUAUGGGAUACAGCCAAAACGUUGUGCUUUAGAAGUACAAUGAAAUCAGAUAGAUUAGCAGGGGAAGGAGGGGCAUAGUGAGCUUGCUGUGCUUUAGCUUUGGAUUUCUUAAGGUUCGAAACAAAUUAAUUGGUCAUUGAUCAUUACAAUGGUGAUAUUGAACCAAUUUAUUUGUUUCAAACAAUAAGUGGUGUGGGACUAGAUUAAGGGAUGCUCAUUAUGCCCCACCUACUCAGUAUGCCCCUCUUACCCCUACAUAAAGAAAAUUUCAGUUGUGGACGACAACUACCACUUGAAUAAUACCCUUUAAUUUAUUUUUUUAGAAACAAUCUCACGAACAGGAAUACUUUUUUAUAGUUGAGGGGAUUAGAAGGAAAGGGGUGUAAGUGACAUUGAUCGAUUCUCUUCAUCGACUUUCU